AUGCCUCGCCCUAAUCUCACGCGCCCCCGGCGGCCUUGGUGCAUCGCUAUCUCCAUCGCCAUUGCCGUGGUGAUCAUUAUUGUCAUUGUUGUUCCCUGCGCAGUCCUAUUAACUCGCAAGCAUGGUGGUGAGAAGACGAAUGUUCUAUUCCCACUAUACAUCUACCCCACCAAUGACAGUACAUGGGACCCUUUAUAUGAAUCGGUCACGACGCACCCGGACCUGAACUUCACGGUCAUCAUCAACCCCUCGAGCGGGCCCGGCUCCAGUGCGUAUCCCUCGGAGGACUAUACCUCCUCGGUGGAACGGCUUAGCACAUAUUCCAAUGUACGCAAGGUUGGAUAUGUGCGCACAGCUUAUGCCACGCGCAACAUCACCGCUGUGCUGGAUGAUGUCGCCACUUAUGCCGGGUGGGCGAAUCAGUCGCUGACACUAGCGAUGGACGGGAUUUUCUUUGACGAAGCGCCCUAUGACUACUCGGCAGCAAAGGCUGAGUACAUGCAGACGAUCAGCGAGGCCGUCAAGAGUUCGUCGGGAUUGCGCCGAGAUCGCAUGGUGAUCCACAAUCCCGGUACCAUUCCGGAUAGUCGCUACGAGAACAACGCGACGGACGUCACAGUGGUGUUUGAGAGUUCCUAUCAGGAUUUUCACACAGAAAAGCAUAGUCUGAAUGCCAUGGCGUCGAAUCGCACGGCAUAUGCGUAUAUGCUGCACUCGGUCCCUGACAAUCUCAGCAACGGCACGUUGCGCAGUUUUGUCAACCAGAUGAGCCGAAAGGCCGGGUACCUGUUCCUGACCACAUUGACGGAAGACUACUACGAGAGUUUCGAUCCGGAGGGUGAGACCAUCUGCGACGUGAUGCCGACCUGA